UUUCACGCGAAUGUGGUAUCUAAAAAUAGAAUUCAAUUCUUUUCUUUCUCGACGACAUAGUAGAAGGAAGUUCCAAGGUAACUGCGGAAAACCCGGCCUUUAUUUACUGAGUUUUUAUGAGUCAGAAGGCAGAAAAACCCUCGCUGUCAGGCCAACGUCUGAAAACUCGGAAAAGGGAUGAAAAAGAAAAAUACGAUCCUACAUCGUUUAGGGAUGCUAUUGUUCUUGGUCUCAACGAAACAGGUGCAGAUCUAGAGCAGGUUUCAAAAUAUUUGGACGUCACUGGAGCUAAACUUAACUACAGGCGGUAUGCUGAGGAGCUUUUUGACAUCUUGUUUGCUGGAGGACUCUUAGCACCUGGUGGAACCAUUAUUGAAGACAAAGACCCGGAUUCAACCAAGGCUACACGAACUAAUGUUUGUGUUUUCUGUUGCGACGAAGAUACCAAAUCACUCAAGGCCUUCUAUGAAGUUUUCAGCAAGUUACUCCGAAGGUACAAGUACCUGGAGAGAUCCUUUGAGGAGACUCUCAAGAAGAUUUUGAUGUUCACAAGAGGAUUCAAAAAUGAAGACAAGACAAAACUGGCUAAGAUCACUGGCAUCAUCUUGGCAAAUGGAUUCUGUACACCGAAAUGCUUACAGGGACUGUUUGAAGAAAAUUUGGUUAAAGAAGGAAUAUCAUUGGAAUUCUCCACCUUGAUGUUCAGAACAUGGCUUGAGGAAAAAGACAUCAAUGCGGUCUUUACCGCUCUGAAAAAAUCACAGAUGGACCUAAGGUUGCUGGAGCUGUACCCAAUGAACAAGAGAAGCUACGAUGCAUUUGUGGCACACUUUGAGAAAGAGAACUUGCCUCUGAUGGCGGACAUUCUGAGAGCUCAGAAAAAUCAGGAAAACAGGAAACUUUUGCAGAAAGAACUCGGAGAGAUGGUGAAGUCUGAAGAAUCUCCUAAUGAGAUGAAAGCUUACCUACUGGAACAGAUGCAGAAAAAUGGCCUAGGUGAACAAGAAACUGUUAUCCUAGUCUGGAACACAAUCAUGGGAUGUGUAGAAUGGAACAAGAAGGAAGAGCUGGUGGCUGAACAAGCCCUGCGUCACCUCAAAUCCUACGGACAGCUUCUAUCCUUCAUUGCCAAGACGCCCAAGUCAGAGUUGGCACUGUUGGUGAAAAUCCAGGAGUACUGCUACGACAACAUGGCCUUCAUGAAGGUGUUCCAGAAGAUUGUUGUCAUCUUGUACAAAAUGGAUGUGUUGAGUGAGGAUGUGAUCCUGAAGUGGUACAAGGAGGCCCACUCCACCAAGGGAAAAUCAGUCUUCCUGGAACAAAUGUCCAAGUUUGUUGAAUGGCUGGAGAAUGCAGAGGAAGAAUCUGAGGAAGAUGAAGACUAGUCGUGAACUGUGACAAUCACCCAAUGAUGUAGUUCCCACGUACCUGGCACAAUAUUUAAUCUGUAAAAUCCCCUGUUUGUCCAAGCCUUCAGUUAUCUCCCUUGAAAAACAAAAAGCUGUCAUUUUGUACGGAGUUGGCGUCGAUUACUGUAAGACUCAGUCUGAAUGCAUGUAAUAAAGAGAUUUGUGCUCUGCAAAGUGAAAUUAUUUUGCCUAAUGUUGACAUUGCUCAGGGUUGAAGUAAGUACAGGCCAGAUUACAAUUACACUAAAUAUCGAGUUUAUUAGUCAAAUUAGUAGGAUAAUUUUCGGAUUUUUUUUUUCUCCAAGAUAAAUUGCUAUAUAAAUUUUGUACAUUUGAAAGUUGGUUGAGGACCUAUCUUUAGCAGACACAGCACAGUAUUCAGAUUCAGUUAUUGUCCGUGACAUGACAUGUAUAUAUGUUACCAAUGGUUUGCAUUUCAUCUGAUAAUGUUUUGGAUGUUUUAAAAAUAUAUUUUCAUUUUCAUUUAAUGCAAAUUUCAUGUGUUACAUUGGUUUGUAGAAUAACAUUGUAACCAGUCCAUCCAAUGAAUUUCAAAGUUCAGAUUUACAUGUUGUAAAAAUGUUACCGCUACACAUUAGAUCUUAAUGUUGUACAUUUCAAGAACUAAUUUAUUCUAUUGGUCAGGAAACGGUGAUCAAUGCAAAUUUUGUCCAGGUAGAUUUUGUGUCCCAGUAGGUAUCAAUACAAAUGGAUCGAGGCCAUGACAUGGUAUUGGUUUGUUUUCUGUGUCGUUAAUCAAUGGAUUUUGUGGUUUAUGUACAAUUUGUAAACAUCUUAAUUUGUAAGGUAGUGUGGUCUUCGACCAACAAAGUUGUCCUCUUUGAUCAAGUUAUUAAUAACAAAUAUAUGUAAUAUUGUCUUAUGAUUGACGUUCAUCAUUGUCCUGUGUAUUUUGGAAGUUUAUCACAAGCGUUGUAUUGGUUUAACAAUGUUCAUACUUGGUUAUAAGACUUUUCAGUGUGUAAAUUCCACUUUAACAGGGACAUAUUUAUACAAAAAUAAGAAAAGAAGAAAUCUGUCAUUAAUUUAGAAUUAAGCUUGGAGCCUUUCUUGGUGGACUUCACAUUUGUACAUGUCAGUUCAGCAUACCAUGUGUUAGGAAAAACGGCAGCAAAGACAGACAGCGAACUUCUCCAGACAGACUACUGCAGCUUUACUGUCGGAGUUUAACCUACUUCUCUAAAAAAAUAAAACAAUGCUGGGAUUUUUGGUAGUACAGAUUUUGAAAUUUAUUAAAUUGCAUUUUACAGUUUUGACAUUUAAAUGAAGUGAACUUUUUAUAUAUAUAUAUAUUCAAGUUCUGGAAGUUAUUUUUCGGAAUUUUAUUUUAUUCAUUGACAUGCAGACUAACAUAAUUGCACUUGUCUGUACUAAGUCAACUAUAGACAUGUUUGCUGAAGACCUGGAAACAUUUCUCACAGGAUCGUUUAUAGUUUGUUCAAAAGAGAUUCUUGUAGGGGCUUUUUUAACUUUCAUGAGCAAAUUGUAGUUUAUCAGGUACUUGUGUUCAAGAUUCAGUUUCAGUUCAAGUUCAGAAUGACUUCUGAUUGGUUAAUAAGUAGGACUAUCUUUGUGAUUGGUUAAACUGAUGAAGAAUGGCCCUGCACAUAUUGAUGGUACUUAUAUGUACUUCUGUUGUCAACAAUAAUUAUGUGAAACCUGCCUUUUGUACUCCUAAGGAUGGUAAAUAAAUAUAAAAUAAACUUUUAACAAAAAUACACAAGGUUAGUUUUGGUUGUCUCUGAUGUUUACACUGGAACCUCAUUAGUCUUCACGUCAUAAUCUGGAAUACCAGUCUUGUUCCAAAAUCGUGCAGGAGGUUCCUUGUGUAGGGGAAUGUAGGUUGUUAAAACAAAACAAAAUAUUUUAUAGAAGUGUACUGUGUCCUCAUUCGAAAACAAAUUGUUUUGAAAAAAUAAUUGACAAAAAAAAAAAAAAGAUAAUGUUUCAGUAUUUGGCCUGAUCACUUGCUGUAGACAACUAGAUCUCAUUCAUGUCAUGAUCUCAUUCAACCCAAAUCCAAUGUCUAUGCAAAGUGGAGCACUAGGUUACCGUGACUACUGUAUGUAUGGGAGUGAAUGUAAUAUUUUUGUAAAUUUCUAUGGAUCCUUUCUAUUAAAAUAUCAGUGUUAGAAUCGA